UACAGAGUAAUUCUGUCUUCCUGAGAGUGAUUGCAAAGGCCCCUCAUCCGGGAAUGAAAAAAAUUGCUGGGUAAUUUUUUUUAUCAAGCAUCCAAAAAAAAAAUCACCAAAAAUUCCUACCCAGUUCUGCAGAUUGGUUGUUUUGGUCGAACUAUCCAGCGGCGUAAACGCAGCAACAAAGUAGACAUACAUUGCUAAAUGAAACAACCUACAUGUUUUACUAUAUUCUGACAGACAUGUUCAAAGGAAGAAAUUUGGUAUAACUGAGGAUAUAAGGAUACUACAGUAAUUGCUGAACAAUUUCUCUUUGGCGGUAUUUUUUUUCUCAUAGUUUUUCAAAUGUUUUGAAAUAUUCGAAAUUUUGUCAAUUAAAGGAUUGUUUUAUAGAAUAUGUAGAAGUGUAUGAACCCUUAGUUUGUCAUAAAGUGACUUUUAAUACGAAUUUAAAAUAUUUUCACCAUUGUGAUCAUUGUGAUGUUGGUAAGAGAUACGAUUCCACAAUUUUGUCGGGCUUAGGGACGAGGGGGGCAGCUGCCCCGUUGCCCUUCUCUAUAUACGCAUAUGUUUUCACGAAUUUGAACCCGUACGGAAUCUGUCAGAAAAUUGGCAAGAAUGACAAGUUUGCAUUCAAAAUAUUUUUAUUGGAAAAUAGGUUAGCCAAGUAGAAAAUUACUUGUUCAACUUAUUUUAUAGUUUUCUCAAAACGAUGUAAAUUUGUAGUUAGUAAUUGUUACUUUGUUUUUGUUCUCGAAUUCAAUGUUUGUAAGCGAUCUAUCAUAACCUAUAUACCUAUAUUUAAAGUUCAAAGUUUUGCUGUGAUAUUUUGUAAUUAAAACUGGUGAUAAUUGUUAAAUAAUUAUGUUCCGGAAAUGGGGAACUACUGCCGGUACUUCCCACAUAGGAUUUCUUAGAAACUACUGCAUACGAACUCAUACUGCCAAAAAUAAAACGAAUGAUCAUGGAAAACGUAAAGCUCUGGGCCAACCUACACCUGAAACUCAUCCUCAUUUACUCAACCCAGACGAAGUAACACCUUUGAUUACUAAAACAGAAUAUCAGAAUCGUAGAUGUCAACUCAUAGAAAGCAUAAUGAAAAAAGCAAUCAAAAGCAGUGAAUACCAGAAGAACCAUCUAGUGAUUGUGCCAGGUGCCUCAAAACAAUACAUGUCUGACAAAAUUCCAUACUUCUUUCGCCAAAAUACAGAAUUCUUGUAUCUAACAGGAUGUCAAGAGCCUGAUUGUUGUCUUGUGAUCACAGUGGAUGAGUCUUCCAGUGAGCCUUGUUCUAUCCUCUUCACAAGAGACAAAGACGAACAUGCAGAGUUGUGGGAUGGACCAAGAACACAUCCAGAAGAUGUAACUCCAUUUUUUGGAAUAGAUAGAGGUCUUCCCAUGACUGAAUUUGAAGGAUAUCUUAGAUCUUAUGGAAGGGCCUUUAGAGACAUAAACUUAUGGUAUGAUUUUGUAUCACCAUUUCAAAAAAAUAUCCACAGCUCUAUUUGCAAUUUGAUGAGUGAUUUGAGCAAUAAAAAAUGGGAGAACCCCAGAAGCCUGAUCCACAAACUUAGGCUUUAUAAAAGUCCUGCUGAAAUCACACUGAUGCAGAAAGCUAGUGACAUAACUGCAGCAGCAUUUGUGGAAACAAUCUCUUGCUCUAGACCAAAUAUAGCUGAAAAUCAAUUAUUUGCAAAAAUAGACUAUGAGUGUAGGAUGAGGGGAGCUGAAUUUUUAGCAUACCCACCUGUUGUAGCAGGGGGUAAUAGAGCAAAUAUCAUACACUACAUUAACAACAAUCAACUUGUCGAGGAUGAAGAAAUGGUUUUAAUGGAUGCAGGCUGUGAGUAUCAUGGGUAUGCUAGUGAUGUGACAAGAACAUGGCCCAUAAAUGGAAAGUUUACCAGCCAACAAAGAGAAAUCUAUGAAGUUGUAUACUGUGUACAGGAAGAGCUCAUAGAGCUAUGCCACAAAUGUCCUACGCUUGAUGCAUUAUUUGAGUCUAUGUGUUAUUUAUUAGGAAAAAGAUUGCAAGAGAUUGGAUUGAUCAGCACACAGCCAUCAAAUUCUUAUUUGAUGAAGGCAGCAUAUCAGUUGUGUCCACAUCAUGUUUCCCAUUACUUAGGAAUGGAUAUUCAUGAUACUCCUUCAAUCACUAGGAAUAUCAAAAUAGAACCAGGAAUGGUCAUUACCAUAGAACCAGGAGUGUACAUAAGUAAUAACAACAAAUCAUUACCUAAAGAAUACCAUGGAAUUGGAAUAAGAAUAGAAGAUGAUGUGCUGAUAACUGUCAAUGGACCAGUGGUUCUCAGUAGAAAGUGUCCCAAGCAUCCAGAUGACAUAGAAAAAAUUGCAAGUGAAAACCAGCCCUGAGAUGUAGAGGUGUGAUGUACAUAUGUAUUAAUUUUGGUUUGAUCUAAAAAAAAAUUACAAUUUUGGUAUAUGUCUCUUUAAAUUAUAUAGAAACCAGGAGAAAAUAAUGUAACAGGCAAAGUGUCAUACGGUUGAUCAAUUAUUCUACUUGAAGACAGAGAGUCAUUACUGUAUUCCGGCAUCCGAAAAGGGAUCUGAAAGAUACUAGCGUCAUCUAUCAGAAUGCAAUAUGAAUUUAGAAAUCCACUUUGAAAAAAAGUUAAGAGGUUCUGCCACUGUAUCAUAGGUGGCGCCAAGAUUUUAAAUUCUUCUUUGGCCUCGCUAAUGGCUAUCUUAAUUGAGCAGGUUUCUGACUGUCGUAUGCGGAGGUACCACCCGGCGCAUUUCAUAGGCUGGGCCAGAAUGUGUACAUGCUUCUGGGGAAAUUCUGUCCGAUCCAUCAGGCAAUGCUGUGCUUUGACAAAUCCGCCAUAUGAACACCAACAAACGGAUUGCCAUUUAGCUUAUUGUAAAUUAACUCAACUAUGUUUGCUUAUUUCUUGUACAUGAGGGUGUAAAUAGUCGGAAAUCUGUUGUAAAGUUUCACUGUUAUUUAGCUAUUUGUGAUGAACUUUUGAAAAGCUUGUGUGAGGGGGAUAAUAACAUGUUUAUUCUUUGAAACAUCUGCUAUUCUCCAAAAUGAUGAUGAAAAACUCAAUCUUUUGUCCAAAGAUGGGCCCGAUUUAUGGAUGAAGCCAUUGAGGUGGGGUCCCCUAAUAGAAGAAUAACCAAAAUAUGAAGAAUGUGUUCCUGGUGUUUUAGAAAAGGUAAUGUCUUGAGAAACAAAAUUUGUGGAACCAAACGUGUAUGUUAUAGGAGCUCUAGCAGAUCCAACAGACAAGAAUGAUCCUGAUUGAGAUUUCUAGUUUCUAGUAAAAAAUCUCGAAUACUGCAAUCCUCUUUUAAUGUUGUCAGUUUGAGAUUAACAUUUCUCCAUCCUCAGAUACCCUGCGCAUGCCCAAUAGCUGGUACACUCCGAUCAUUGCGCCCCCACCCAGGCGUCAUGUAUUGGUGUUUUUUUUCUAUUUCGCUGGUUCUCCUUAAUUAUAGGUUCCAUUAUCUUCAGGCGGAAAUCGUUAAUCAAUGUCUGAAAGGGUGGAUGAGCAGAAAAAGCUAGUGAAUAAACAAACCACAAAAAGUCUAGAAUUUCUUUGACUUAUUGUGUGGUAUGUAAAAAUUAGUUAGUUGUUGAAACACUGUUUCUGUUGGGUCCUUACAAUAUUUUAAUCUAUACAGUGUGUCCGCAAAGUUGGGAUUUUCCUUUACACGACGUGUAGAUCUUAAGAAAAUAAGCGGAUUUUCUUAGUAGCAAUGAAUCAUUUCCGAAUAGGUGGAUCGGAUGUAAUGGACCCGUAGCAUGGCCUCCGCGAUCAGACUUGACACAGUGUGAUUUUUUUCUUUCUGGCUAAAUCAAACGCUUGGUGUACAAAACUGGGGUGCACACGGUUGACGAAUUAUGGCUGAUAAUUGAGCAAGCUGCUGCAUUCAUUCGGGGAAGGGACUCCACUCUAAAAGCCUGCACCGAUGCUUGGCUACGUUGAGUACGCACAUGUGUUUUUGAAUCCAACGGCGACAACUU